UACAAUGUUUAACAAUUUAAACUUACGUAACUAGAAAUCUAAAUGUUUUUUUUCGUACUAACGCGCACUCGGUACAAAAAUUGAAUAUUCUGAAUUUCGGUUGUAAAAACAAGAACAUAGGAGGAAUAAAAGGCCAAGAAGUAAAUGAAAUUUUUAAUAAUACGAAAUAGCAGAUUAACAUUAAAUUUAAAAUGAGUUUGAGGUUAUGUCAGCCCCAACUUGUCAGCACUCUGGCAAAAAGACUCUUUUCUGCUAAAUUCCCGGACCACAAGAUUGUCUUAACUGACGACGAAAGCACGUACGUGGCUUGGCACCCAAAACAAGACUUCCCGUACGAAUGCACUCAACCAUUACCUGAGACCCAACUAGAAGACACUUCGUCUGUCCUCAAAACGCAACUAACCCCCCAAAUUAAGGAAGUGUUUAAUAAAAAGACCCCUGACCAGGCCCGGCAAGAACUAAUGGACAUUACUCACACACCCAAACACCGCUGGUUCCCACGUGCUCGCGACAAACGGGCAAAAAAGACUCCAAUGGACCGCGAAUAUUUGUAAUUUUAUAGAAUUAAAUACAAAAUUGUAAUAAAUUAGUUUGUUAGAGCUA